AUGGAGCCCACUCCAGAGUCAACACCGGCUCCACCGCCCUCCUCCUCAUCCUCGAAACCGACAGCCGACACGCCCUCCUCACCCAGCACGACCAAGACGCGGCCGCGCAAACAACAAGGACAACAGCCGCCGCCACCAGCCCCAUCCUCCGAGGCAACGCCCUCACAAGCACGGCCUCGCCCUCGCGCCCAGCCAUCACAGCUCCCCAGCCCGCCACCCAGCGGGAGCGCCCCCGGUGGGAAAACCACCAAACUGGCCUUUUCAGCCGACCCCAAGCCGAAGCCACCCCGGCGGCAGCUCAACCCGCCAAGGCCGCAGUCGACAAAAGUGACGCCCAACUACGUCUCCUCUCCCGACGAGGACGAGGACGACGAGGACGGAUCCUACGAGGAGGAGGAGGAGGAUGACGAGUUUUAUGACGACUAUGACGACGGCGGCGGCGAUGCGAACAACCAGCAGCUCUAUCCGUACAACCCUCAACAGCAGCAGUUGGUGCAGCAGCAGCAACAACAGCAAAUGCUGCAGCCAGAACCUCAGCAGAAGCAAAAAGGUCUACGAGUCGCCCUCGAACUGAAUCUCGAAGUGGAAAUCAUGCUCAAGGCGCAUAUUCACGGAGACUUGACGCUCUCUCUGCUGUAG